AUGGCACGUAUUGCAGCUUUCACCGUCAUCGUAGCACUUGCUUUGAUUGGCUUUGCUCAAGCUUCUUUGAUCGAACGCUCCAACCCCACACAAACCUUUUGCCCUGCAUUCCGUAAAGAGUGCGAUAGUUUAAUCAAUGCAGCAAACAACGGUUUGCAAACUGUGAAAUCACAAAGCUACUGCAAACGCAAUGGUGGCAAGUAUAGUACCAGCUUUACGUUUUACUGCAAGAUCAACGGUGAUGAUUUCACUCAAGAAGCUUUAGACAAAGUCUCAAAUGAAGAUACACCUGCUUUGCAACGUCGUAGUCAAAACGUUCCAACGAUCAACGUCGUCAUUCCUGCAGGUCGUUUUGCCGAUCAACGCAAACGUGAGAACCGUGGAACAUUUUGUUCUUCUUAUUUGAGCGCAUGUGAAACCGAAUGUGCUCGUGUAAACAGUAAUCAAAAGAACGUUGUUUGUCGUCGUAACUCUGCUUUGCAUUACACUUUGGCAUGCAAAUGUGCAAAUGGAAAGAUGGAAACACAACAUGCUUUGGCAAGAACGUUGAACAACCCUUCAACCGGCUCUUCUUCCGGCGUCAUCCCCACAACCACUCCAGUCCCUUCAUCGAACUUGCCAACCGGGGCCGUUAGCUCUGUCGUUUCCAGUGCUACAAGUGCAAUCUCUUCCGUCGUAAGCAUGGUUAAUUCAGAAGCUUCCGGUGCCACAAGCACCAUCAGUUCAGUCGUUUCAAGUGCUACCAGCGCAGCUACCAGUCUUGGUAAUGAAGCAACAUCCACUUUAUCAAGUGUUGUAGGUGACGCAACAAGCUCGAUUGCCAGUGUUACAUCCACUUUAACCAGUGCAGCCAGUCAAGCAACAGAUUCCAUCAGUAGCAUUGCCAAUGAUGCAACAAAAGAUGCCGAUGAAAAAUCAAGUUCGAUCAACAGUGUCGUUUCGGAUGUUGCCAGUACGGCUACCCAAGCCACCAGCACUAUCACUCAAGCUGUUUCCACUGCCACAGAUGUCAUUUCCAGCGUUGCUACCCCUGUUGCUACUGGUCUUCCAGCCUAA